AUGUCUGAAAUAAUUGUACGAAGAGCUAGGCGUGAAGACUGUGAAGCCGUCAACAAAUUAGCACAGGAACUGAUAGACUAUGAAAAGCUGACCGAUAGACCACAAAUGGAUUAUAAAACUUUCGAAAGAGAUGGUUUCGACGAGCAACCUUUAUAUUUGUGUAAUGUGGCAACAUGUGACGAAAAGGUCAUUGGAUACACGGUCUCUCAUUACACUUAUUCCACAUGGUGUGGAAAAGGAAUGUGUCUGGAAGAUAUUUAUGUGACGCCAGAUUUUCGAGGGAAACAUGUUGGCAGCAAGCUUUUAAGAGCCGUCGCGAAGGAAGCAAUUGAGAAUAACUGUCAUAAACUAGACUUUGUGGUUCUUGAGUGGAACCCAGCACAAGAAUUUUACAAAAGACAUGGUGCCAGUGAUCUGACAUCUAAGGAACAGUGGCACCGUUACCGUUUUUCUGAAGAAAAUUUGAAAAAAUUGGCAUCUAAUUGUGAAUAG